AGCCUCUCUUCCGUGCAACCCGCGGACAAGACCCCCUUGUCACCGUCGCCUCCGCCUGCCACCAUCGCCUCCGCCUGCCACCAUCGCCUCCGACGCAGCUGCCACCGUCGCCUCCGAUGCGGCCGCCACCAUCACGUACGGCGUGACUUUCUUCUCCCCCUCCGCGUGCACCACUAUCGCGCCACCCUAACCUCCGCGCGCGCCACCGUCACCUUCGAGCGCGCCACCGUUACCUCCGACGAGACUUUCUUCCUCCUAGUUCUUCCUCCGCGUGUGAUAGAUUCUCACUCCGCACGCCUCCUCUUUUGAGUUCUGCCAUCGCCGCUGCCAUUUAAUCCUUUUGUUGAAUAUCUGUUAAUAUUGCUUCAAAAUGGGAAAGUUGGGGAAGAAGGCAAGGAAGUUUGCAAAAAAGAAUUUGCAGUCAGUUUUGAGGAACAAAAGGAAGUUAAACUCCAAGUUCAAAAAGAAAGCAUCAAAAAGAGACAGUCAAGCUAUUGAAGAAAACCUAGAGAGUGAUACAACAAAUGCAUCAAAUGAAAGAAACACAGUUGUUGAAGAAUUUCAAAAAACUUCCCUUGAUGCUGUAUUUAGUGAAGACGACAGUGAGGUGCUUGGAGAUAAUUCAGACAGUGAUGGAUAUUUUUCAGAGGACUCCAGCUUUUUGCAUGCUAUUGGAAGUGACGGUGAAAUUGAAAAUUAUAUUGGGAAAAGCAAUGGUGGUAGUUCCUUAUCAGAGCAGAAUAGAGAUAUUUGUACAGAACUUUUGAAGAAAGGGAAAAAGUUGAACAAAUUGAAAGUGAAGGAUCCAGGGUUUUCUAAAUUUCUAGAAAGUUAUGAUGUGGAGAUUGAACGAACCGAAGAUGAAGAUAUUAGUUCAGAUGACGAAAAAAUUUUAGAUGUGCUGCAGCCAGUGGAGAACAACAAUGCAUGUGCUCAUGUGGGUAAAUUGUUGACUAGUGCGUCUGUCGAUUCAUUGUCUAAACUGGUCAAAGAACAGUGUAGUGUUCCUGCCCUCACUUGUCUCAUAAAUGCUUAUAGGGCAGCAUGCCACAAUGAUUUUGAAGUAACCAGUGUCAGUGGUUGUGUCUUUUCUCAUGGCAUUCAGAAGAGUGACACUUUCUGCAAGAUAUUAAUGUUCAUGCUACAUGAGGCUGAUACUACAUUUAGGAGGUUAUUAGGAAUAUCAACCUCUAGUUCCAGGAAGGAAAGUGUUCUGGAGCUAAAGAAUACAACAAAAUGGUUGUCUCUUAGACCACUUAUUAAGUCUUACAUAAGGAGUACUGUGUUUCUCCUGAACCAGGUCACUGACUGUGAAAUAUUGGCCUUCUCAAUUUGUCGACUCAGAGCUUCAAUCAUUUUUCUAUCUGCAUUUCCAUCUUUACUGCGCAAUCUUCUUAAGAUUUCUGUUCAUCUCUGGGCAACAGGCGUUGGAUCUCUAUCGUCACAGGCCUUUCUCAUUAUACAAGAUAUAGCUUCUGUGUUUAGCUCUAAUUGGUUCGACGUCUGCUUUAUCAAAACAUACAAUGCCUUCAUUAGUCACUCGCAAUUUGUUGAGCGGAAGUUUGAACAUAUACAUUUUCUAAGGAACUCCUUUGUGGAGCUAUGUUGUUUAGAUAUGCACAAGUCAUCUAACAGAGCAAGGAUAUGUAUAAUGCAUCUGGGUAAGAUAUUGCAGAAAGGGUGGCAAACCAAAAAGAAGGAGGUGGUUAAGACAAUUUGCAGUUGGCAGUAUAUCAAUUGCAUUGACCUCUGGGUGAAAUUUAUAUCAGCUAACAUAGAUGAUUUUGAUCUUCAGCCAUUGCUGUAUAUGAUUGUUCAGAUUAUAAAUGGAGUUGCUCUCUUGUUUCCUGGCCCUAGAUAUUUACCUCUGAGACUCAGAUGUAUCCAAUGGCUUAAUCAUCUGUCUGGUUCUAGUGGGGUUUUCAUCCCUGUUACAUCAUUGGUGCUGGAUGUUUUAGAAUACAAAAUUACCAAGGAUAGUGGUAAACAUGGAAAAAUUGUUCAACCUAUGUCUACCAUAAAGCUUCCAAAGCAUUGGUUAAAAUCACGUGAUUUCCAAGAAGAGUGUGUCUCAUCUGCCAUUGAAUUCCUUUCAGAGCACUUCGCACAGUGGAGCUACCAUAUAUCUUUUCCUGAGCUGGCAACGGCUCCACUUAUCCACCUCAAGAAGGUCUUUGAGAGAACUUCUAUUGAGAGUUUCAGACGUGUUAUCAAACGUUUCAUUGAUCAGGUGGAGAUGAAUAUUGACUUUGUGCAAAAGAAAAGAGAAGAGGUGCCUUUCUCACCAAAGGAUCAGCAGUCUGUUGAAUCAUUUCUUCAGGUUGAAAAACGUAGCGGUAAUACUCCAUUCACACAAUACUAUAAAAGCAUCAUGAGCAAGGCUGCUUCUAGGAAAUUGAUUUCAGAUAGAAAGAUUGAAGCAUUAUUAAGGUAUCAAAGACAUCUCAAUAAGGUUGGAGAACAAAGUAGUGAUGGUAUAGACUAUUAAUGCUGAAUUUAUUAUUGGCAAAUAUUUAUUUGUUCAACAGGUGCUAUAUUUGUCCCCUAUGUGCAUUUAUAUCCACUGUAAUAAGAGUUUUUAUGGGUUGUUGGUUAUUCGUUAAUCACAAGUUUAUCAUUGACUACGAGCUUCACAAAACAUGUUUUUUUGGGUAGAGUAUAAACAUAAUAAUCAAGUAGUAUACUUUUCCAUGCAUAUAAUCAGUUCAUUGUUCUUGUAAUCAAUUACUGUUACGGUUGAAGCAAAACUCUUUGUAAUGUGGUGAUUGAUUAUGUGAUUUCGUAAAACCUAAGAUGGAAUGGAUGGUGAAUUUUGUGAGUGCUUCUUUAUGGUGACUUUGAUAAUGACAAAAAGUCAUCAAGAUGUGACAAUGUUGGGAACUGACACCUUCUACCCCACAUGUAAUUAAUUAUACAAUAAAUGGAAAUAAAUGAAAUCCUUUAUAAUUUAAAAACCAAAUCUUCAAUCACAUAAAGGUAAAGAACUCACAUUUGUAAGCAUAAAUCAUAAUACGCCAGCAAAAUUUUCUAAGAAAUGAACUAAAGUUUUCAAAAUGAUUUAACAAAAUAAUAUCCUAAACUAGUCCUAUCUAUGUUCUGAUGUCACAUGUCCUAUCAGAACACGUCCAAUACUGAAAUCACCAACAUCCUCAUGUUGAUGAUCACCUGCAACACAAUAGAGACAUACACAAAACAACAAGGGAGUGAGAAAUACCUCACUUAGGUUCAGGUGUAGAAAUAAUAGUUAGGUAACCAAACACACAAUCAGACAUAAGAUAAUAAUACAUACAUAAACAUUCAAUUCAAACAAGUUAUAACACGUUCACAAGUCACUUAUCAUGCAAUGAUGUCAUGAACUCAUAGAUGCAUGCAUGUGGCACCAAUCAUGUGUCACUUCAUCACAUAUGACAUUGUAUGCUGUCGAAGCAACAUAUCUGAAGUAUUCUAGGAGUACAUGCAGGCUCAACUGUUUACUCUCAACUAGAAAGAUGUAUUGCUAGGGUCUUGCUGGGAUAGUGAAGUUGUGCAAGAUAUGUCCCAUGCACACAACGGCCAGAAUUGGGACUUCCAAGCCAUGUUAUUCCCUAGGAUUCCCUCAAGUUGUUACACAAGGAGGGUCUUCCCUAAUGGUGUACUCCACAUCAUAUCCCGUCACAUAAAUGCAUAUGCUGCAAGUCUCACACAUUCAUAAUGUCACAGACUCUUCACUUUACUUGUCAUAUCAUGUCAUGUCUCAUAUCACAUUUCACAUCCUCAUAUCCAUGUUCAUAGUCACAUACAUAGUAAUCCUUCCCACACUUGGUGGGCUCUCCACGUGCCUGACGCGAAAGUCCCUAGGGACUUAUGUCGCCAAAUCAUCAAUCUGUGCACGGCACGAAUAAUUGUGCUCGAUGUCUCAGCACGAACCUGCAAUUCCAACUUCGCAAUCACGCGAUUUUCACAUUUAUGCAUAUAUUCAUACAAUCUAAUUGGUACAAAUACUUAAAACAACAUCCAAAAUACAAUUAAUACUCAAUUUAGCCUAAACACUUCAAUUAUACCAAUUUAGCCUAAAAACCCAUAGAGCACUCUAAAUCAUAUCAAAACAUCCAAUAUUAUAAUUAAACAUAUAUUCAUGCUCACAAUCCAUCAAGGAACCCAUCAAAAGCAUCAAAUGUUAAAACUGAAAACAUUCACAAUUUGCCUGUUCCUUUAGGCAUGCAUCAGGUGAGGAUCAAUCUUACUAUCCAACAGAUAUCCCCGCACUCCAAGCGAGGUUUCUCACUCCCCCUUACCUUGGUGGGUAGAAGUCGAAGCACGAGCAGUUUUCCUGGUUUUCCCUGGUCUUUAGAGAGCAUAAAAAGGAAAUGAAUAGAAAGAAAAUGAGUUUGUGAAAUUGACUUUGAUAACUCCCUUUUACUCAAUUAAUAAAAUAAUAAAAUAAUAAUAGUAAUUAGUAAAUUACUGCAAUGUCCUUCCUUCCCUUUCUCACAAAAUAAUUAGUAUAAUUAAAAC